AUGGAGAAAUAUUUCAAAAGAAAGCUACCACUAGAAUCUGAAGUCACUCCAUUAGUCUCUUCUAAUAAAAAGAAGUUCUUAGAAUUCAAUGUGGAAAGUCUGGUAGCUGAUCCUGGACAACGACCCAAAAUUUCAAAUUAUGAUCCAAAUGUCAGAGAUGAAGUUAGACGAGCUUAUUUGCAAAAAGGUCCUUGUCAACCAAGAGAACAUGAUUUUCCACAAACAUAUUUUGAAACUUCUUUCCGUAGAUUUAAUGCUGAUUGGUUUGAUGAAUUUGGUAAUUGGUUGGAAUAUAGUAUUUCAAAAGAUGCUGUAUUUUGUCUCUGUUGCUAUCUUAUGAAACCUGAUGGUGCGAGUGGUGAUGCUUUUGUAAAAGAGGGCUUUUCAAAUUGGAAAAAGAAGGAGCGAUUACAAACACAUGUUGGAAAUCAUGAUAGUGCUCAUAAUCAAGCUCGAAGAAAAUGCGAAGCACUCAUGAAGCAAAAACAACAUAUUGAAGUUAUUUUUCAAAAGCAUUCAGACCAAGCUAAAAGAGAUUACCGAACUCACUUAACAGCAACAAUUGAGUGCAUUAGGUUCUUAUUGCGACAAGGAUUGGCCUUUCGUGGUGAUGAUGAAUCGCAUAAUUCAAAUAAUCAAGGUAAUUUUUUGGAGCUUCUUGACUUUCUUGCUCAACAUAAUACAGAGAUUGAUCGUGUUUUCAAAAAUGCUCGUGGAAACCUUAAGCUAGUAGCACCUAAAAUUCAAAAAGAUAUUGUUAGAACUGCUGCAAGUGAAACUACUAAAGUUAUUAUUGAUGAUCUUGGAGAUGAUUUAUUUGCUGUUUUAGUUGAUAAAGCUCGAGACAUUUCUGUUAAAGAGAAAAUGGCUGUUUGUUUGCGGUAUGUGAACAAAGAAUGGAUUGUAAUGGAGCAAUUUCUUGGCCUUGUCCAUGUUUCUAGCACAAAUGCGUUGUCGUUAAAAGUAGCUUUGGAAUCUUUAUUAAGAAAGCAUAAUUUAAGUUUAGCAAGAAUACGUGGACAAGGUUACGAUGGAGCUACUAAUAUGCAGGGAGAAUUUAAUGGCUUAAAAAGUUUGAUCUUGAAAGAAAAUGCUUGUGCUUUUUAUGUUCAUUGUUUUGCUCACCAACUUCAAUUAGCACUUGUGGUUGUUGCAAAGAAACAGGUCAAAAUUGCACUACUUUUUAAUUUGCUUGCUAGUUUGUGCAAUAUUGUUGGAGCUUCUUGUAAACGUAAAGACAUGCUUCGUGAAAGUCAAAUGCAAAAGACAAUUGUUGCAUUACAAAAUGGAGAUGUUUCUAGUGGGCGUGGCUUAAAUCAAAAAAUAACAUUGAAAAGGGCAGGUGAUACUCGAUGGGGCUCACAUUAUGGUACAAUACUUAGCUUGAUUUCUAUUUUUUCUUCCGUGGUAGAAGUUCUUGAAGUUAUUGAGGAAGAUGGAAAUAAUCCUGAACAAAGAGCUGAAGCAUGCCAAUUAUUGAAUCAUAUUCAAUCUUUUGAAUUUGUAUUCAAUUUACAUUUGAUGAAAAGUAUAUUAGAAGUUACUAAUGAGUUGUCUCAAGCUCUACAAAGAAGUGAUCAAGACAUUAUAAAUGCUAUGACAUCGAUUAAAGUGUCCAAGCAACGAUUGCAAAGUAUAAGAGACAAUGGUUGGUCCUCUUUGCUCAACGAAGUUUUACUAUUUUGUGAUAGUCACAAUAUUCUUGCUCCAAAUAUGAAUGAUAUAUUUGUAACACAAGGAAGAUCAAGGCGCAAAAUCCAAAAGAUCUCAAACUUGCAUCAUUUUCAAGUUGAAUUAUUUUAUCAAGUGAUUGAUAGACAACUUUAA